AUGAGUUGUGCUAUGAAAUGUCAUUUUCGUUACAAAUCAAGCUCUGUAAAUCCCUUAUAACCUCAAAGAUCUCAAAAUUAUGAUUUUCUUAAAAGGAGGAAUAACUGGUUUACAAUAUACUUGGAUUUUAUAGCGGCUGGUCUUCGAUCUGUGGUAAAAGUUGGAGAUUUCUGACUGACAACACGUGGGAUGUCUCUGUUUUUAUGGAAUAUUUGAAGAUUAGAUUCACUGCAAGAUAAGAAUUACGAUGGAAGGGAAAAUUGACAUUAAACUCUUAAAGAUACUAGAUGCAGGGCAUUUCAAGGCAUCACCAAUAGCUACACCAGGGUCACAGUUAGAAAACUUCAUGGGUCAACUGAAUGAUCAUUUCUUGUAUGAGAAAGACUCUCAUGGAUUGUCAGUUGUUCCUGAAAAGGGAAAGAUGUAUGUUGUUCAACGAACUAUUGAUACAUGCUGGUACAGAGCUAGAAUAGAGAACAUCAUGCAGACUACUGCUGGACCACAAGCCAGUGUUCUGCUAGUUGAUGUGGGAGAGCAGACUUUGAUACCUUGCUCAAGAAUACGUGAAUUGCCAAAGCAGUUUGAAAACAUCCCUUACCAAGUCAUGGACUGUCAUUURAUAGCUGUUAAGCCUCUCAGUCUUGUGACGUCAUAUUUUGAUUUUACAACCACUAAACAGGUCAGCAAAACUUGGACUGAAGCAGCUACAAAGUUUGUUCGUACGGUCAUAAGUGGUUGUAAACUCCAAGUGACAAUUCAACAAGAAGAUGAAAAUGGGAGGUAUCAUGUUCUGUUACAUGCUGAAUCACCACAAAAGCAGGUUUGCGUCAAUGAUGAGCUUGUUCAACAAGGAUUUGCUGUGUUCAGUGAAGUUGUAGACUAUGAAGAAGAAAGUCCUAAAAAGGCAGAGAAACGAAAACAACAACAAGAGAAAUUCUUACAGCAACAACAGGAAGUUAUAGAAGCUUUCAAAAACAAAACASAGUUUCCUCCCCAAGAAGACAGUACAAGCACAGAUGAUGAAAGACCAUCGAUUAGAUUUCAUAGAGUACAAAAAUUAGCUGAUAUGAAUGAUCCAUUGAACUUCUUAAGACARCAAGUAACAGAGAUGCGAAAGCCACAUCAAACAGAGAUGCCAGUGUCUUUUAUUCCUGCAGGCUCAGAAAACAGAAAAUUAGCAAGCAGGAAAAUCAAGAAAGCAUCAGAACAACAAAGUAGGCAAGUUAUUUCUUCUUCAAGUGAUGAGCAUCCAGGAAGAGUAAGGUUUGUAUCAGCAAGAAUUCCUGCCACUGGUAGUGGUAUGCCACAUUUGUCCAGGGAAGAGGAUACAGCAAGACUGAAAUCAAUAUUAAAGCCUGGAAGAACAUCAACCUCACCCAUGAACAGGGAACAAGAACCUGUGACAAAUAGCCCUAGAUGGCGUCCUGGAAAUAUAUCACCACAGCACCCUGAAAGGGAGAAUCUUGCGUCACAGUACCCUGGAAGGGAUCAUCUGUCUUCACAGUACCCUGAAAGGGGUAACCUGUCCUCAUUGUAUUCUGAAAGGGAGAAUAUCUCGCCACAGCAUCCUGGAAGGGAGAAUCUUGCAUCACAGUACCCUGGAAGGGAUCAUCUGUCACCACAGUACCCUGAUAGGGAUAACCUAUCCUCACAGUACCCAGGAAGGGGUCAUCUGUCCUCACAGUACCCUGAUAGGGAUAACCUAUCCUCGUUGUAUUCUGAAAGGGAGAAUAUCUCAUCACAGUACCCUGAAAGGGACAAUAUAUCACCACAGCACCCAGGAAGGGAGAAUCUUGCAUCACAGCACCCUGGAAGGGAUCAUCUGUCCUCACAGUACCCUGGAAGGGAUAACCUAUCCUCACAGUACCCUGAAAGGGACAAUAUAUCACCACAGCACCCUGGAAGGGAGAAUCUUGCAUCACAGUACCCUGAAAGGGACAAUAUAUCACCACAGUACCCUGGAAGGGACAAUAUAUCACCACAGCACGCUGGAAGGGAUCAUCUGUCCUCACAGUAUGCUGAAAGGGAUAACCUAUCCUCACAGUACCCUGGAAGGGAAAAUAUAUCACCACAGUACCCUGGAAGGGAUCAUCUGUCCUCACAGUACCCUGAAAGGGAUAACUUAUCCUCGCUGUACUCAGAAAGGGAGAAUAUCUCGCCACAGCAUCCUAGAAGGGAGAAUCUUGCAUCACAGUACCCUGGAAGGGAUCAUCUGUCACCACAGUACCCUGAUAGGGGUAACCUAUCCUUGCUGUACUCUGAAAAGGAUAAUUUCAGGUCACAGUAUCCUGAAAGGGAUAAUAUCACUUCAAAAUUCUCUGGACAGGAGAAUCCUUCUUCACAGUAUCCUCCAUGGGAUAGUCUACCCUCACGGUACCCUGGAAGAGAUAAUYUACCCUCAGAGAACCCUAAAAUGGAGAAUCCAUCCUCACAAUACCCUAGAAGGGAGAAUUUAUCAUCGCAGUACCCUGGAAGGGAWAAUYACUCUUYACAGYAYYCAUCUUACAAACUGUUCUAG